UCCAGUAUGUUGAGGCAUUGGGGGUUUGCCGUGUUCCUGUUAACUGUCCUGAUACCGGUCCAAUCCAGACCCACUAACACUCUCAUCAACAGACAGCGACGUUCAGUAGGUCACGCACAGAUGAUGCACGACAGGGGCCGAUCCCUGCAUGACUGGAAGAGGCGCAAGUUAAUACAAGAGCUUCUUGAGCAUGUCCACACGGCCAUAUCCCCAUAUCAGAGCGAAGGAAGCGUCCAGACCCCGCUGUGGGCCACCGUCCACUGUCCCAAACACAUCGGCAACAACAAAAACUUCCCCUUGAGCUUUCAAGAGACUAUAGGGAUGAGAGACAACCUACCGCAAGAGACCAGCAAGACCCUGAGAUAUGAGCAACAGCCAUUGAAAGCUGUGACGAAGAGGAAGAGGAAGAUGGGUUCGGGCAGAUUGAGAGACCCUGAUAGGAGGAAAGACAGGGGGUGUGCCUUACAUAUGCAAAGAGACCAUUAAAAGAGCCUGGACAUGACAA